AUAAGUACCUAUAUAAUCAAUAGCGCUGGGCAGCGAUAACGUUUUAUGUCACUUCAUCCAACACUGCAAAGUUUGUUCAUAACAUUCCUUUGUGAAAUAAGAGUGGUUUAAAAAACAAUCUGGUGUAGUAGGUAAGUCAGCUAGAUUCCUAAAUGGCUUCGAAAGGAAAAAAGUCAGUGGCAGUGGAGAUCCCGGAGUGCCCAGUAUGCCUGGAGACCAUGACCAUACCGGUGUUCCUGUGCCAGUCGGGACACAGUCUGUGUAACUCCUGCACGCUGACACUCUGCCCUCCAUCAUGCCCCAUGUGCCGACAACCCAUGACGCAGAUGAGGAACCGCUCGCUUGAGGAACUCAUCAACAAGGCGAAGUCGCCAUGCCCCAACCAGAGCUCGGGCUGUGUGUUUUCGCUGCCCGGCGCGGCGAUGGCCGACCAUCUCAAGGAGUGCCUGUUCCGUCCGCGGGAGUGCCCGCAUGCGGUCUUCGGCAAGUGCUCGUGGACAGGUGAACUAAAGAAGAUGAUGGAUCAUUUCAAGGAGAAGCACUCGGCCCACUGCGUGGCCGAACUGGACCGUGACGCAGGUUGGAGGCUGCAAGUGAACCAACUGGAUCUCAAGGAGUGCGCGCGCCACGUGUUCCUCGCCGCGCAGCAGAACUUUCUGUUUAUCAUCACCCUGAAGGUCGACACCAUGCAGCGCAUGGCCUACUGGGCGAUCCAGCAUGUCGGACAAAAGAAAGUCGCCCAACAACACCUCUACGAAAUACACGUCAUCAGCCGAAACGAUCAGCAGCGCAAAGUUGUCUUCACCGAGCACUGCUUCAACGACAGCAUAAAAGCUGAUGAGGUGUUCCGACUGGCCAACUGUGCUGUUAUGCCUCUAGACAUGCUGACCCAUUUCAUUAAGGAUAAGAUACUCUCCUUCCGCUUUGUUAUCAAGAGGUUGAAUAAAGAUAAUAAAGAGAAUGUUGGUCAGGCUCCAAGUAGCAGGGAGUCCUCUGUUUCUAGGGGCAGCGAGGCUUCGCAGGGCCCGGAGACGAGAGGCCCGGGGCCGAAGCCACAUUGGAAGAAACAUCCAGGACAGAAACCUGGCCCUAAGAAAUUCACAAAGGCUCAGGAUUAAAUAAUAAUAUUUUUAUGCCUUUUCGAAUUUUAAGUGAAUUAAAUGCAUUGGCAUUAAUUAACUAUGUAAUAAAUGGGUCUAUUGUUUCUCAUAAAGUUUUAAGUCAUAAUGUAUUGUUUGCCCGCAUUUUCGUUAGCUAUCUUCUUCUUCUUUUCGUGUCGAGGUUCCUUUUUUUAUACGAUGGAAGCCCAAUAGGCAGUGGUGUAGACAUCCCUGGCUGUCGCGUCCCUCAGAUCCAGCUCCGAUUUCGUUAGCCAUAAUUUGGUUUUUUCCCCAAAACGCCUAACUUUUCAGGAUUGCCAUAAAACAAACCUAACCUAUCUAUAGGAUAACCUAAGGAAAUUCCUGAAAAGUUAACGGUUUCAGAGUUUUUUAAUAUUAUGCCAAUAAAGGGAUCCGGUAAUAAAUACUUGUUAUGUUUAAGAAUUUCAGCAAGCAGUACCAAGAACAUUAGAUACUUAUUUUUUAUUUAUUAAAUUAGGUACUUAUUAUGUAACACUACACCUCAUAAAACAAAGUCUCCUGCCGCGUCUUCUGUAUGUAUGUAUGCAUGCAUGUUCGCGAUAAACUCAAAAACCUCUCUCUUUUCUCCACCGGCAAAUCCUUUCAGUAAGAUUUUCAUGCGGCUUUCACGUAUCAAUAGAGUAAUUCUUGUGCAAGGUUUAGUUUUAGGUAUAAUUUGUUAAUUUGUAAUAGUACAUUACGAUACAAGUGCGAAAAAUAGGAAACGACACGAGUUGCGAAUUAACUAUUUUACAGUACAUAUGACCCUUUAAAUUUUCGACAUAGUUACAUAAUGUGCUAAUUUAUGCACUAGUGCGGAAAAGUAGCACCACAUGUACUGUAAAAUUUUUUUUAGUUUUUUGGUGGUUGCCAUUCCUUAACCCACCAACGGAGCGGCAGCUGACAUACAUAGCCGUUAACCACUAUACGAGUUAUCGCCCGGGAAGCGAUUGGUCAUGGAAAUCUGUUCCUGGCACCCAGUCUAAAAUAUAUUCACAAAUAUUUGUAAGUUGGUUUGGUUUUAGUAGCCUAAUGCAUAAUUAUAAAAGCUAAUUGUAAAGCAACAAUCAAUAAUAUUAGCUUCUAAUUUAUUUUGUAAUGGGCAUUUCAAUCUUAUAAACUGCACUCUGCUGCAGUCAAUAUAGACUUUGGCUCUAAUUCUUAUACUAUAUUAUGAUUAUUUUAUUAUUUGGUAAGAAUUAUUUUACUAAUUAUAUGAUCCUGAUAAUAAUGACUGGUCUUAUUCAAAUCAUGUGGUAACAAUCAACAACAAUUAGGGAGUGAAGCAGAAGUAAUUAAAUCAAGUACUAUCUUUAUUAAAUAUGUUCAAUUGUUCA